AUGAGCCAGAGAAUUGGGGGAGAAGCUUGGGCUACCAGCCUGCUCCCCCGGGGGCUGGAGGAAGCGCUCCCCGCCGGCCUGCGCCCCGUGCCAGGCGCGCUGCUGCUGCUGCUCUGCCUGCUGGCCGCCGUCCACGCGGCGAAGCUCCUGGCGCGGGAAGGGCGCCGCCGCGGCGGGAGGCCGGAGCCGCCGGGCCCUUUCGCGUGGCCCCUGCUGGGCAACGCGGCGCAGCUGGGGCGCGCCCCGCACCUGGCCUUCGCCCGCCUGGCGGCCACGUACGGCGAGGUGUUCCGGCUGCGGCUGGGCCGCUGGCCGGCGGUGGUGCUGAGCGGCGAGCGCGCCAUCCGGCAGGCCCUGGUGCGGCAGGGCGCCGCCUUCGCGGGCCGGCCGGCCUUCCCGUCCUUCGCGCUGGUGUCCGGCGGGCGCAGCCUGGCCUUCGGCGGCUACUCGGAGGCGUGGCGGCUGCGGCGGCGCGCGGCGCGCGGGGCGGUGCGGGGCUUCGCGGCGCGGCGCCGGCUGGAGCGGCCGCUGGUGGCCGAGGCGCGCGCGGCGGUGCGGGUGCUGGCGCGCGCCUCGGCGGGCGGCGCCUUCGUGGACCCGGCGCGCGCCCUGCUGGUGGCCGUGGCCAGCCUCAUGAGCGCCCUGUGCUUCGGGCGCCGCUACAGCCACGCCGACCCCGAGUUCCGCCGCCUGGUGGGGCGCAACGAGCAGUUCGGGCGCGCGGUGGGCGCGGGCAGCCUGGUGGACGCGCUGCCCUGGCUGCGGCGCUUCCCCAACCCCGUGCGCUCCGCCUUCCGCGCCUUCCGCGCCCUCAACCACGACUUCCACGGCUUCGUGCGCCGCCAGUUCGCCGAGCACCAGCGCCGCCUGCGGCCGGGCGAGGCCCCCCGCGACCUCAUGGACGCCUUCCUCCGCCUCCAGCAGGCCCAGCCCCGCCUGCAGCUGGAGCACGUGCCGGCCACCCUCACCGACCUCUUCGGCGCCAGCCAGGACACCCUCUCCACCGCCCUGCAGUGGCUCCUCCUCUUCCUCGUCAGGUAUCCUGAGGUGCAGGCUAAACUGCAAGAAGAAAUAGACAAAGUGGUUGGCAGGGGCCGUUUGCCAUGUGCUGAGGACCAGCCUCAUUUGCCUUACGUCAUGGCAUUCCUUUAUGAAUCCAUGCGUUUCAGCAGCUUUGUGCCAGUUACUAUUCCACACGCCACCACAGUUGACACCACCUUGAUGGGCUAUCACAUCCCCAAAAACACAGUGAUCUUUGUCAAUCAGUGGUCAGUGAACCAUGACCCGGUGAAAUGGCCUGCCCCAGAAGAUUUCCAUCCAGCAAGGUUCCUGGACGAGAACGGAUUCCUCAACAAAGACCUCACCAGCAGCGUGAUGAUUUUUUCUGUGGGCAAACGUCGGUGCAUCGGAGAAGAGUUGUCCAAGGUGCAGCUCUUUCUUUUCAUUGCCAUAUUGGUGCACCAGUGCCAUUUCACUGCUAAUCCAAAGGAAGACUCUCACAUGGAUUUCACCUAUGGCUUGACUAUUAAACCGAAGCCAUUUACUGUCAAUGUUGUGCUUCGGGAAACUAUGGAUUUGCUGGAUAGCGCUGUACAGUGACUGCAGGCAGAAAAAGACUGUGAAAACAGCCUGCCAAAUAUUAAGCUCUGAAGUUUGAACUCAAUCUUUAUAUUUGAGUAAGGAUUUUGUUCCAUCCCUUCUCUUUAUAUUUAAGUAAAAUGCAUUGGAAUAAAAUGUAUUCUAGCAUGAUAUGA